CACAGCAGCAGUGUAAUAAUAACAGGGUGGAGGAUAAUGAGUGGAUCUGAGAGGAGAUGUGGACUCUUACAACAGUAAAUCACGCGCACGUGUGUCAGUAAUCAGUGAGUGGAGUGUAAUGGCUGGACUGUCGCAUCUAGUGCUGCGUGUCUCGGGCACGUACGGAGUGUUUUCUAAAGGACUCAGCAGAACUCUGCUCAUAUUCUUUGAUCUCGCCUGGAGACUCAGAGUCAGAUUUCCAUAUCUGUAUGUCAUUGCUUCAAUGAUGUUUAACGUGCGACUACAGGUUCACAUUGAGAUUCAUUGAUUGAUACUAGAUAGCUGCCUCAUUUAGAAAUAUUCACCAUUUGGCCGAAGCCCAAGAAUGAGACACGAUCCUAUUGUUACCCCAAAGCUCAUCAACUUACACCAUGGAUUAUAUAUAACAGGCAGAAUCACGGAUGCAAACAUGCUGACUGUGAAACCAGUGGGAAUUAUCGGGACGUUUCCAGGAGAUGAGCAGAAUUAUAUGAUCCUGCAUCAUCCACAGUUUCGUGUUACUUUUGCACAUUCUGGACGGUAAAUGACUCUAAAAACCCACCAGAGACAAAAUGACAGAAUAAUCUUUGUGAUGACUUUCUGUACGUGUUUUAGCAUGAGCAUUUUAGCUGGUUAUGUUUAGUCACCGCAUGACAUCUCUCAGAGGGAUGGACUCCACCGUACACCAUCCAGAGAUUUCAUUUACUCUUAACAUCGUGUCUACUGUUACAUUAAACAGGGAUUUGUAUAUGGUAUGGAUUCAUUUGUUUGUCUUUUUGUUGUUAUGGUAUCUGAGCAUUAUUUAGCAAGUGUAUUUUGAUUAAUCUGGGGGGUUUGUGAAUGUACUGUGAUUUUAACUUGAAAAUAAACUAAAGAUAAAUGAGAAAUGUUGCUUGCCUUGUGACUGGGAUUUUCAUUUUCAGUGUAUUAUUGAGGAAUCAAUACAGAUAAUAUGCUCAUUCUGUGUUCACUAAAAAUUUUGGUUUAAAUUUUUUAUUUUUAUAUUUUUUUUAUUUACUGGUGACAGAAAUAUAAUUGAUGAUGGAUUGAUAAUCCCAUGGAUCAACUUUUACUGAGUAAUCCAUUAUUUUGUAGAGGAUGGUCAAAAUGACAAUUUUAAUCUACAGGUCAAAAAAUAACCUUAGAAAGGUGUCGACAUCAUUUGUUUUAUUCACUAAAAUUGAU